AUGUACACGGCCCUAGGUGGUGACGAGCUGAUUGGGCUGACCCUUCGGCGCGAGAAUUUUCAGACCAAGAACCCUAAGUGCAACGAGGGAGAAAGCGAGGAACCGACUGGGAAGGACGGCAACGAGAGCGUUUACGAAGCGGAGCGGGUCGAGUUUGGUCGUGCUAGGACUGGCUACAGCGGCACCGGAGCAGCGGCACCGGAGCAGCGGAACCGGAGCAUGCAUGCGGACGGCAUCGAACCGUGGCGCACGGAUAAACAUCUCUUGUAUUGUCAAUUAUUUCCCGUUUUUUCCUGA